AUGGCCCUUGAAGCAUAUCGCUCUGUCAUACGUGCAGCACGUACAGCAUUCCAAGGUGACGCAAGAGUCUAUUCGGCAGCGAUUAAAGAACUCCAUUCCAAGUUCAGUAGCAACAGGCACCUCAGUCCCGAAGAUCCCGAGACCAGCGAAAAGGUCGCAGAAGCGCGUGAAGUGGCUCGGCUUUUGCGCGAGAAUAUCGUCCAGGGAGAAUCUCACGCCGGAGGAAAGGAGUUCAAGCUACGCUUCCAUUCCGAAACGGAGAGGGGCGACAAUGCUUCGACCAAGGCGACGGAUAUGGGACUCGGGCAAGCCGUGCAUUCGGCAAGGAAGGUCUGCUCCGUGCGUUGGCAGAUUUUGAAGGGCACUUGUGCUUCAGCGCAGUUGUACGCGCAGCAGGGGUCAUAUGUUUCUGGACAUGCGCCUGCAGGGGCGGAGAAAGGUGUACAUGUUGAGGCUGUGAGUGUCGUUGUGGGCGCUGGUGUUGGGAAGCUGGGAACAAAGCGAGCCAGAUUCAUGACCGUGCUCCAUAGCUCCACCAAUCUAUGCUAUGGGAGGUCGUCUGGGGUGGACGCCAAGGGUGCUAUGGUACCACCCGCGAAGCUUACUGUGCAUAAGCAACACGUAAAGGUCCGACCAGACAACGACCGUGAACCUGAUAAUUCUAAAAUUAUCAGCGGCGAUCACGGAGAAGAUGGGGCGCAGUCUGACCUAUCGGUCGCCCCAACCGAGGGCUGA